UAAAAAAAAUAUGCCUAGACCAUUUAUAAUUGAAAAUUUUUCAUCAAAUCAAUCAACAAAUAUUGAAAAUGAUAAUAAUUCAAUAAUGGCUAAACAAAAUAUUUCAAAUUAUUAUAAACAAAUAUCCAUUGUAAUUGUAAAACUUUUCCUAUCAAUUUGUUUUCUUUUAUGUUUAUAUUUUCUGAUUGUUUGUGUACGAACACAUAAUAUUCAUCAAAUCAACGAUAAAGAAGAUGAUAAUAAUUUAAAUUUUUCAACAAAUAAUCAACCAAAUCAACCGGAUAGAUUGAUUCAAAUGAUAACAACAACAACAACAGCGGCUGAAUCAAAUCGACGACAACCAAAAUCAAUAAAAUUAUCUCGAAUAUUACAUUCAUAUCGUCAUAAUCCAUCUAAACAACAAAAAAUUUUUAAAGAAGAUGAUGAUGAUAAUAAUAAUGGUCAAGAUGAAAUUCAAAUCAAUAAUUUACGUCAACAAUAUUCAAUAGCUGAAAAAAAUGUUCGAUCAAAAUCCAAUGAUAAUAUUGAUGAUUAUAAUGAUUGUGGAUAUCAUUUAGCAUUUACAUUGAUUGAACGUGAAAAUAAUGAACAUUUAUAUGCAUCAAAAUUAAUGAUAAAAUUUAGCAAUACUUUAAAAUCAAUAUUAAUCAAUAUUAAUUCAACUGGUUUAGAUCCAGGUUCACUUUGUAUACAUUUAAUUACUAAUGAUCGUAUACGACCACAUCUUUUACAUAUAAUCGAUAAUGUACAUGAAGAAUUAACACGUCAAUGGACAAAUGAACCAUAUCCAUGGUUAGAUAAUUAUAAUAAUAAUAAUCAUUAUUCGUUAAAUGAUUAUGAUAAACAUCGUCCAUUAACAAGAUAUUUUUUUAUUGAUUCAUCUACAAUUGAAUUACGUUUAGAAUAUCUUUUACCAACAUUACGAACAUUUUUUACACAUAAACCAAAUUCAUAUUAUUCAAAUGCAUUAUUUUUUUAUUCAAUGAUUUUACAUCAAGUUAUACCAUCAACAAUUGCUGAUCGUAUUAUUCUAUUAGAUGUUGAUGUACAAUUGGAUGCAAAUAUUCUUGAAUUAUUUGAAGAAUUUGGUCGUUUUAAACCAGAAGAAGUGAUUGGUAUUGCAUUAGAACAACAACCAGUUUAUCGACAUAUUUUACAUGAAUAUCGUCGUACAAAUGAAAAUACAACAAUUGGUUCACCAUUACCAAACGGAUUUCCUGGUUUUAAUUCCGGUAUUGUUUUACUACAUUUGCGUAAAAUGCGUGAAUCAAAAUUAUACAAUUCAUUAUUGAAUCAAGAUGUAAUAAAACAUAUUUGUCAAAAAUAUCAAUUCCAUGGACAUUUAGGUGAUCAAGAUUUUUAUACAAUAACAGCUAUUGAUCAUCGUUUAUUAUAUCAUACAUUAUCAUGUGGUUGGAAUCGUCAAUUAUGUCAAUGGUGGCGUUUUCAUGGUUAUUCAAAUGUAUUUGAUGAUUAUCAUCGUUGUGAACAGCCAAUUAUGUUAUAUCAUGGUAAUUGUAAUUCAGCACUUCCUACCUUAACCUAUUAUGGUGGUGGUGGUGGCAGUGGAUAUCGUCGAAGAUAAUUAUCUCAUUACUAAUUAUGUUUAUUUUAUUUUUCAUAUGAAUCUCAAUUCUUUUCUUUUGUUUGUUUUUAUUUUGUGACUUUGAAAAUCACAAAAAUUUAAAUGUGAUAUUCUUAUUUACGUCUAAUGUUAUUUGUAUAAUAAAAAAUCCUUAUUUUUUA